AUGACCACGCUGGCUGGAGCUGUACCCAGGAUGAUGCGACCCGGCCCCGGGCAGAACUAUCCGCGCAGCGGGUUCCCGCUGGAAGUGUCCACCCCCCUCGGCCAGGGCCGAGUCAACCAGCUCGGCGGUGUAUUUAUCAACGGCAGGCCGCUGCCCAACCACAUCCGCCACAAGAUCGUGGAGAUGGCCCACCACGGCAUCCGGCCCUGCGUCAUCUCCCGCCAGCUGCGCGUGUCUCACGGCUGCGUCUCUAAGAUCCUGUGCAGGUAUCAGGAGACCGGCUCCAUCCGUCCCGGGGCCAUCGGCGGCAGCAAGCCCAAGCAGGUGACAACGCCUGACGUGGAGAAGAAAAUUGAGGAAUACAAAAGAGAGAACCCGGGCAUGUUCAGCUGGGAAAUUCGAGACAAAUUACUCAAAGAUGCGGUCUGUGAUCGAAACACCGUACCCUCAGUGAGUUCCAUCAGCCGAAUCUUGAGGAGUAAAUUCGGGAAAGGCGAGGAGGAGGAGGUCGACCUGGAGAGGAAGGAGGCAGAAGAGAGCGAGAAGAAGGCGAAACACAGCAUCGACGGCAUCCUGAGCGAGCGAGCCUCGGCACCCCAGUCCGAUGAAGGCUCUGACAUUGACUCUGAACCUGAUUUGCCACUGAAGAGGAAACAGCGUAGGAGCCGAACCACCUUCACGGCGGAACAGCUCGAAGAACUGGAACGCGCUUUCGAGAGAACCCACUACCCUGAUAUUUACACCAGGGAGGAGCUGGCGCAGCGGGCGAAGCUCACCGAGGCCCGAGUACAGGUCUGGUUUAGCAACCGCCGUGCAAGAUGGAGGAAGCAAGCUGGGGCCAAUCAACUGAUGGCUUUCAACCAUCUCAUUCCCGGGGGGUUCCCUCCCACGGCCAUGCCCACCCUGCCAACAUACCAGCUGUCGGAGCCCUCGUACCAGCCCACCGCUAUUCCACAAGCCGUUUCGGACCCCAGCAGCACCGUUCACAGACCUCAGCCGCUUCCCCCGAGCACUGUACACCAAAGCACUCUUCCUUCAAACCCAGACAGCAGCUCUGCCUACUGUCUCCCCAGCACCAGGCAUGGAUUUUCCAGCUAUACAGACAGCUUUGUGCCUCCGUCUGGGCCCUCCAACCCCAUGAACCCCGCCAUUGGCAAUGGCCUUUCACCUCAGGUAAUGGGACUCCUGACCAACCACGGUGGGGUACCCCAUCAACCCCAGACCGAUUACGCUCUCUCCCCUCUCACUGGAGGCCUGGAACCUACCACCACGGUGUCGGCCAGCUGCAGUCAGAGACUAGAGCACAUGAAGAGCUUGGACAGUCUGCCAACGUCUCAGUCCUAUUGCCCACCUACCUACAGCACCACCGGCUACAGUAUGGAUGCUGUCACAGGUUACCAGUAUGGGCAGUAUGGACAAAGUGCCUUUCAUUAUCUCAAGCCAGAUAUCGCUUGGUUUCAAAUUCUUUUGAACAUGCUGGACAAAAGCAGUGGAGAAGGGGAAGACCCGGAACAAUAA